GUUCCUCCGGCCCCCAGAACGCCGUGGAGAACACACGGAGACUUCGCCUGGCAUUGGAGAGCCUUGGCCCUGCCUUCGUGAAGCUCGGCCAGGCUGCAGCUUCCAGAGAGGACGUGCUCAGUGAUCGGGUGGCGGCAGAGCUCCGCAAGCUCUGUGACCAGGUCGCGCCCUUUCCAGACGAAGAGGCGAGGCGUCUGGUGGUCACUCAACUGGGCUCCGGCUUAACCCUGGGGCGCUGCGUGGCAGCCGCGAGUCUCGGCCAGGUCUACUGCAUCGAGAAAAAUGGUCGCCAGUAUGCACUGAAGGUGCAGCGGCCGGGUCUGAAUCGUGCUUUGGCCAUGGAUGUCGUAAUCCUGAAGGGCAUCGCCCGAUUCCUUCGGCGUGUCAUGCGCUGCUUCAUGGCUGCAGCCGUGGACCCCGAACAGGUGGUGGACGAGUGGGCUAAGACUCUUUGGGACGAGUUGGACUACAAGCACGAGGGACGGGCCAUGGAGCACAUGCGCGAUGCGCUCUGCGGAACCGUCGGUGGAUUGGUCAUCCCCCGGGUCCACUGGGAGCUUACAGCCCUGCGGGUGCUGGCGAGCGAGUGCCCGGGCUCGUGA